AUGUCUUUUGCCGAUAGAGAACAACCAAAGACCAUCUGUCUUUUCGACGUUGAUGGAACCCUGACUCCAGCCAGAUUGACCAUUUCUCCAGAAAUGAAGGCUACCCUGCAAGCUUUGAGAAAGAAGUGUGUGGUUGGUUUCGUUGGAGGAAGUGACUUCUCCAAGCAGGUUGAGCAGUUGGGUUCUGACGUGUUGGACCAGUUCGACUACUGUUUCAGUGAGAACGGAUUGACCGCUUACAAGCAAGGUAAGCCUCUUCAAUCUGCUUCGUUCAUCGGAUGGAUCGGAGACAAGAAGUACAACGAGUUGGUGAAAUUCAUCCUCAGGUACCUUGCCGACUUGGACUUGCCUAUCAGAAGAGGUACAUUCAUCGAGUUCAGAAAGGGUAUGAUCAACGUCUCUCCUAUCGGAAGAAACGCUUCUACCGAGGAGAGAAACGAGUACGAGAAGUUCGACUUGGAGCACAAAGUUAGAGAGAAGAUGGUCGAGGCUUUAAAGAAGGCUUUCCCAGACUUGGCCUUGACCUACUCCAUUGGUGGUCAAAUCUCGUUCGAUGUUUUCCCUACUGGCUGGGACAAGACUUACUGUCUGCGUCACAUCGAGAAAGAAGGUUUCGACCAGAUCCACUUCUUCGGAGACAAGUCGUACAAGGGUGGUAACGACUACGAGAUCUACACCGACGACAGAACUAUCGGCCAUGCUGUCAAGAGCCCAGAGGACACUCAAAAGAUUUUGACUGAACUUUUCCACCUUUAA